GUCCCUUCCAAGUCCCCUCCACCACUUGGUAGAAGCAGCAGCAUAUCUUCGUUUACAGAUCAGACCGAUGAAGACUCUUUACCACCAGACAAAGAGAAUUCUGGUAGAGAAGCACUUCUUGGAUACAAAGAAAACAAUGGAAGUGGAUCAGCCUCCCCACAGCUAGGUGACACCCAGUCUUUCACCCAGAGGCUUCAGCUCCGAGUUCCCUCCAUGGAGUCUUUGCUUCGAAGCCCAGUAAAAGAGUCCCUGUUCCGCUCUUCUUCUAAGGAGUCCCUGGUACGAACUUCUUCGAGAGACUUCUUGAAUCGGCUGGACUUGGACACAGCUGGUCCCACCUUUGAUCCACCUUCUGACAUUGAAAGUGAGACGGAAGAGCCUCCGGGAAAAAUGGACAGCCUCAGCAAAGAGCAGCUGCUGCAGCGACUGCGCAGGAUGGAACGCAGUUUGGGCAACUACAGGGGAAAAUACUCAGAGCUAGUGUCUGCUUAUCAAGUUAUCCAGCGGGAGAAGAAGAAGCUACAGGGUGUUCUGAGUCAAACUCAGGAUAAAGCACUUCGCAGAAUUGGAGAACUGAGAGAGGAGCUCCAGAUGGAUCAACAAGCUAAGAAACAUCUCCAAGAGGAAUUUGAUGCUUCCUUAGAAGAAAAGGAUCAACUUAUUAGUGUCCUGCAAACUCAGGUAUCAUUGCUGAAACAGAGGCUACAGAAUGGGCAGAUAAGUACUGAAUUGCCUGAUCCAAAUAUUCAAUCUGAACCACAAGGGGAAAGUCCAACAAGUGAAAUCAAUAUAGACAAUUUUGUGGAGCCUGGAAGCAAUGGUAGGUAUUCUGUUAAAACACUGGAAACUCUUCAUCAGAGGGUGAAGCGCCAAGAGAACUUGCUGCAGCGUUGUAAGGAGAUGAUUCGGUCACAUAAGGAGCGCUGCGCCCAGUUAACCAACGAGAAAGAGGCACUUCAGGAACAGUUAGAAGAGAGGCUUCAGGAACUGGAGAAAAUGAAGGACCUUCAGAUGGCUGAGAAGACUAAACUGAUUACGCAGCUGCGUGAUGCAAAGAAUUUGAUUGAGCAGCUAGAACAAGACAAGGGCAUGGUAAUUGCAGAGACAAAGCGACAAAUGCAUGAAACACUGGAAUUGAAGGAGGAGGAAAUAGCCCAACUGCGUGCUCGGAUCAAACAAAUGACAACAAAAGGCGAGGAAUUAAAAGAACAGAAAGAAAAAUCUGAAAAAGCUGCUUUUGAAGAGCUUGAGAGGGCUCUGAGUAUUGCCCAAAAGACAGAGGAAGCCCGGAAAAAAUUGCAGGCAGAAAUGGAUGAAAAAAUCAAAGCUGUAGAAAAGGCAAGUGAAGAAGAGAGGGUAAAUCUUCAACGGGAGUUAACCAGAGUGAAACAAGAGGUGGUUGAGAUUAUGAAGGUAAAAUCUGAAGCUCACCUUGAAUUAUUGGCUUUUAAUCUAAUCAUUCAAUUAUAA